GGGACGGGGCGGGGCGCAGCUUUGCGGAACCUGAGCGCAGCUGCUGGGGAGGGGGCGGCCGAAAGGGGGGCGGUGGUCGGGCCGCGCAGGCGGAGAUGGAAUGGGGCCCCGGCUCAGACUGGUCACGGGGGUGAGAGGGGGCCCGUCGGGGCGGGGGGAAUGGGCUCGGACCCCGCGCCAGCGCCGGCCCUGACGGCCUGUCUCGCUCUCUCGGGCAGGGAGGCUGCCGGCGUGGACCGUGGGAAGGCGGGGCUGGGGCUCGGCGGGAGGCCGCCCCCGCAGCCGUCCCGGGAUGAGCGCGCCCAGCAGCUGCUGGACGCGGUGGAGCAGCGGCAGCGGCAGCUCCUGGACACCAUCGCCGCCUGCGAGGAGAUGCUGCGGCAGCUGGGCCGCCGGCGCCCGGAGCCGGCGGGUGGCGGGAAUGUCUCAUCCAAACCCGGGGCGCCCCCCCAGCCAGCUGUCUGCGCCAGAGGCGGUUUCCCAAAGGAUGCUGGCGAUGGAGCUGCGGAACCCUGACCGUUCCCGAGCCCGUGGCCCUGAGCUCUCUCCCUCCGGGGGGCUGGCUGGUGGCUGGACUCUGAACAACUGCCUUCAGUAACGGACCAGUCUUCACUGGCAGCGGCUGGAACUUGGCCCUCAGCCUGGGGUGGCAGCUCUGCUAGCAGCUGGGUUCACUCCUUCCUGGCUGAUGCGGUGCUGAGCCCUGAAAUGUAGCCGAGGAACACCCGGCCUGAUGACCGGAGCUGGGCGGGCCAGCGGUGCUCGCCAGAGUGGUCUGGCCUGCUUCCGGGGAUCCAGGUGGUGUUAAUGUCCAUUUCAUGCUUUGGGGGCUCCAAGUCCCACACAACACUUUCAGCAGAGCCUUGAUUAAAAGGAAGCCUGCAGACUCUC